AUGGUCCUCAUCGCCUUCAAGCACUUGUCUGUCCUCCUUAUCGCCGUCUGCGCGGUAUAUCCCUCACAAGGAGCCGUCGCACUAACUAGGCGCGCAGAUGCUGGGCAUAUUCGUACCGUCCGAAAGCCUCUGGAUGCGGCUGCAACCCACCGCGACCAUGUCAUUCGCAGCAUCAUACAACGCUCCCUUCUCGACCAGGAUCCGUCAGAAUACUCACACGUCGCCGAUCUCUUGAAAAGCCCCUCAAAGCUAGAUGUCGACGACUGGGAGAAAGCUGCCUCCGCCGAGUUGAAGGAUAUCAUCGUGACAUCUGAUCUUGCCAUCAAAUCUUCGCGUCGUAACAUCGAGCGUACGGGUAACCUCCUGCGCAAGAUGUUGCACGUGCCGUGA